GAGGUCCAGGAGGCAAGGGGGUGCUGGAGCCCCAGACUCGCGAUGCGCCUUGUCCCAGCGUCAGUUGAGUCCCAUUGCCCGCCGGCGUCUGCUCUUCUUGCACGGACCCUCCGCCCUAGACCAAGGCCCGACUGGCCCCGGCUCUAGGGUAGUUAGUCGUUCAAGGGGCCUUCCUCCGGGUGCUCACCCGAAGCCUCCAUAUCCUGGAAUCCCGCAUCAGACUUCUGUUUCCUGACUCCUCCUGUUCCAAGAAGCUGGCCCCGUCUUCUUCCAGCUCCUUGGAGUAAGGGACUUCCGUGGUCCCUCCUCUCUUAAAUGUGCCUGCCUACACUGUAAGCCAGAGAAACUCUUGUGCCUGUGCAACAGGAGAUAGGUACAAGAAUGUUAAUUACAUCAUUGUAGAUGUCCAUCUGGAAAAUGGGAUUCCUUUCAAGAUUGGGCAGCCUAAGAAACAGAUCGUCCCUAAAACAGCAAUGAAGAUCUCCCAAGAUGCUGGAAUUCUAGUCAAGAAUAGUCUCCUCAAGGCCCCAGUUAAGUAAAGCACUAUCGAAGAAGAAGAAUAAAGUAGGAGGACUCGCACUACCUGACCUCCGAACCUACUAUACAGCUACAGUAGUCAAAACAGCCUGGUACUGGUACAACAACAGAUAACAUUGACCAGUGGAACAGAAUUGAGAAUCCAGAUGUAGAUCUACCUACCUAUGGUCACCUGAUCUUCAACAAGGGCCCAAAGUCCAUCAAAUGGGGAAAAGACAGUCUUUUUAACAAAGGGUCCUGGCAAAAAUGGAUGUUCACCUGCAAAAAAAUGAAACAGGACCCAUACCUCACACCAUAUACAAAAACUAAUUCAAAAUGGAUCAAAGGCUUAAAUAUAAAAAGUAUAAAGAUCAUAUAAGAAAAAAUGGGAUCAACUCUAGAGACCUUUAUACACAGCAUUAACAGGAUGCAAACCAUAACCAACAACACACAAACUCCAGAAGAUAAGCUAGAUAACUGGGAUCUUCUAAAAAUUAAACACUUAUGCUCAUCAAAAGACUUCACCAAAAGAGAAAAAAGAGAACCUACAGACUGGGAAAAAAAAAAUUUUUGGCUAUUACGAAUCCAACAGAGGUCUAAUCUCUAAAAUCUACAGGAAAAUCCAACACCUCUACAACAAAAAGACAAGUAAUCCAAUUAAAAAAUGGGCAAAGGAAAUGAACAGAUACUUCACCAAAGAAGACAUUCAGGCGGCUAACAGACAUGUGAGGAAAUGCUCAAGAUCACUAGCCAUUAGAAAAAUGCAAAUCAAAACUACAAUGAGAUUCCAUCUCACCCCAGCAUUACUGGCACGAAUCAAAAAAAAAACAAAAUAACAAAUGUUGGAGAGGCUGUAGGGAGAUUGGAACUCUAUGCACUGCUGGUGGGAAUGCAAAAUUGUACAACGACUUUGAAAAACGAUAUGGCACCUCCUCAAAAAGCUAGAAAUAGAAAUACCAUAUGAUCCAGCAAUGCCACUCCUAGGAAUAUAUCCUAGAGAAAUAUGAGCCGUCACAUGAAUAGACAUAUGCAUGCCCAUGUUCAUUGCAGCAUUGUUCACAAUAGCAAAAAGAUGGAAACAACCAAGAUGCCCAUCAACAGAUGAGUGGAUAAACAAACUAUGUUACGUACACGGCGGAGUACUAUGCAACAAUAAAGAACAAUCAUGAAUCUGCGAAGUAUCUAACAACAUGGAUGAAUCUGGAGGGCAUUAUGCUGAGAAAAAUAAGUCAAUCAUAAAAGGACAAAUAUUGUAUGAGACCACUAUUGUAAAAACUCAUGAAAAGGUUUACAUACAAAAAGAAACAAUCUUUUAUGGUUAUGAGGGAAGGAAGAAGUAGAGAUGAAAAAACACUAAAUAGACAAUAGAUUAAGUGGUAACUUUGGUGAAGGGUAAGAUAGUACACAUUACUGGGGAAGCCAGCACAACUUGUCCAAGGCAAGGUUAUGGAAGCUUCAUAGACAAAUCCAAAUUCCCUGAGGGAUCGAAUUGCUGGGCUGAGGGCUGUGGGGACCGUGGUCACAGGGAGCGUCUAGCUCGACUGGCAUAACAUAGUUUAUAAAGAAAAUGUUCUACAUUCUACUUUGGUGAGUAGCGUCUGGGGUCUUAAAAGCCUGUGAGCAGCCAUCUAAGAUACUCCACUGGCCUCACCCCUUCGGGAGCAAGGGAGAAUGAAGAAAACUAAAGAUACAAGGGAAAGAUUAGUCCAAAGGACUAAUAGACCAUGACUACCAUGGCCUCCACCAGACUGAGUCCAGUACAACUAGAUGGUGCCCGGCUACCACCACUAACCACUCUGACAGAGAUGACGAUAGAGGGUCUUGGACAGAGCUGGAGAAAAAUGUAGAACAAGAUUCUAACUCACAAAACAAGACCAGACUUACUGGCCUGACAGAGACUGGAGAAACCCCGAGAAUAUGGCCCCCGGACUCUUUUAGCUCAGUAAUGAAGUCACUCCCCAGGUUCACCCUUCAGCCAAAGAUUAGACAGGCCCAUAAGACAAAACAAGACUAAAGGGGCAGACUAGCCCAGGGGCAAGGACUAAAAGGUAGGAGGGGACAGGAGAGCUGGUAAUAGGGAACCCAAGGUCGAGAAGGGAGAGUGUUGACAUGUCAUUGGGUUGUUAACCAAUGUCAUGAAACAAUAUGUGUACUAACCGUUUAAUGAGAAGCUAGUUUGUUCUGUAAACUUUCAUCUAAAAUACAAGUAAAAAAAAAAAAGAAUAACCUCUUCAUUCCCCUCACCCACAAAUCUGAGCGAGUCUCCUGGUUUUAACGUGGAAGACAGUAACUGUAGAGCCUCUUGUUAUGACAGUCUCCAGGAAGUCCAGCACUAUCAACACGUGGGGACCCUUGUCUGUACCAAGUCAGCCCCUGAGGGUGCUUGUCUUAAUAACUUCAUCCCUCCUUGGCUUAGGUCUCAGAACUACAGGAAAGAUACUGCUUCAGUUUGGUGGGAAGUUUGGCACACAUCUGACCGGUGGCUCUAUCUUUGGGAAAUCCAAAGUUAGGUCACUUAAAAGGAAAUGGGCCAGAGUUAAAAGAGUCCUCCCCUUUUUCAUGCAAACACAGGUCCCUGACAAACUCAGAGUUUACCUCCCAUGCAGAGGCUGACCAUCUGUGUAGGCUCUCAACUGAAACUCAAAGACUCUGGGCGUGCAAUUGUUGGGCUCUAGCCGGCUACAGGAAGUGGGAAGGUGUGGCUUUGGGUCUCUAGAGUUUAAUCCAGGACAGAUCUGAAAGGGAAGUGGUUUAGAAAAGGGUCUUUAAUUCCCAAUGCUCAUUAAAAAAAAAAAUUAGAAGUAAAAUAACUCUCAGCACCCCAACCUUUAUGGAAAUUGCCUUUGUUUUCCACAGAAACGUGUAGGCUAGAAUGUAGUUUCCAACUUCUUUGCCUGAGCUUGUUGACGGAAAGAUCCCUGGGUCCUUUAAUCUGAGGAGUGGCAGUCUCCCCGAGAGAAGGACGGAUCACACAUCUGAGAAAGCCACAUCUGAGAAAGCCCUUCACUCCUGUAGAUGCCCUUCUGUGGGCCCAUAGGUUCCCUCUUCUUGCAUCUGUCUUGUUUGGAACAGAAUUUUAGCCCUCUAACUCUUUUUUAACUCAUGCCAUCAGCUCUCCCAGGCAGACUAGGUGUCAUGUAGAGGUUAAAAAUCCAGGGUUGGGAGACUUCCAGCCUGGAUUCUGAUCCUGAUUCUGCCAUGUGCUGAGACCUUGGGCAAGUUCCUUAACCUCUCUGAGCCUUAGUUUUCGCAUUUGUAAAAUGAGGACAGUGAUAGUAUUUCAAUAGUCAUUUUUUUUUAUUGUACAGUCAAUACACUAACAUUAUUUCAUUGGUGUAUUGUAAGUCUUACUUGAGGUAAUGCAUAUAGAGCUCUUAACAGUGUACGGUAUAUAGCCCUUAAUAAAUAUUAGCUGUAUUGCAGGAAGUUCAUUGAUUACACUCUCUGUAAACCACCUGGGUUCAGCCUAUCCCAAGCAGUGAGGUUCCCCAGUGCAAAGGAGUCAUGGCUGGGCGUUUGAUCUCUCACAUAGAAUCAAAGCCAAGUUACAGCUUGGGAUAGAGUUAUUUGCUUCCUUGGCUUAUGCCCCGAAGCUCCCCAAAGGCGCUGAAGUAUAUGUAGCAAGACCCUGCCUCUUCAGAAGCUCACUGUCUACUUUAUAACUCCUCUUCCAGUCCCCAAACAGGCCUGGCUGUGCAGUUGUCUCAGCAUCUCUGGCAGCUGCCCCCUGAACAGUGGUGACGCACAGUUAAUUCUUGCCCAGGCACUUUCAGGGAGGGGAGCAGCUGUGGCUCCCUGGGUUAUUAGAAGUCAUGGAGCCCCUGUCAUGGGAAGAAAUGCUCAUGUUAUCUUCAGGGAGUUUCAGGAGGUUUUUGGCUCAAGGCACCCAAAUGUCAGACACAAAGAAAGCAUUGUGUCUUUGCCCUGACUGUUCUCCUGUGCCCAGGUUAUUAACACAAAUUCCAUUAUUGUUAGGGCUUUCGCUAGAAUGGCAUGUUCUCUGCAGGAGCUGACCACUGGAACUGAAAUGUGAGGACAAAAGCUCCCCACCUCCCAAUUUUACCCUUCCACAUAGUCCCCCACUCCCCCAAGUCCCAUAAAGUAGCUGUAGCAUCUUGGUGCGGAGAAAAGAAGCUGAACUUCCUUCCAUAACCUGGGAGGAUGGAAGAGCCCUUUGUCCAAAGUUCUGCUGUCUCCCUCCAAAGCAAGGGUUGCACAAAGGAAAGCACCCACUUAGAUUCAGAGCUAGAUGGCGCUCUAUGAAGCUAAGGCAGAACAGAGUCUCACCACACUGAACCUCUCUCUCCUCUUGAGAGAGAUUUUCACGGGCAACGUGGAGGGACCCUUAGCUUCAUCCCUUAAUCCUGUUGUAAUAUAUGGAAGGGAAGGCUGCUUUCCACCCAGAGCAUCCCUGGAAGAGGGGCAUCUCAGAAUGAUGAGGGCUCCCUUUGCCUCAGCUCUGAUCUGACACAUCUUAGCUCUGGGAUCAGAACCCUGGGCCUGCCUGUCCUUUUUCACUUCACCAUGAGCAGAAGUUUGGGUGGAAACUCAGCCCAUUCGCUCAUUUAACAAAUAGGUCCUGCUGUGUGCCAGGUCCUGACCAAGGCACUGGUUAUGGAGCAGUGAAUGGCACAGUUCUCUCGUCCACCCUUAAGCCUUUGAGAAUGCAGGGAGUAGCCAAGGGUAGCCGUUUGGUGCUUGAUUCUCCCUGCGUUAACCUCGCCAGCCUGACCCAGCCCAUCCUGAUCCCCUAACAGACCGAGCACAUGUGUUUACACUUGCAUUGUUGACUGGUUUCCAAUUGCCUUUUUGGCAAAAGAAUCGAGCAUUCAGAGAUGUUCAGAUAUUUUCUAUUUGGCUCUUUCCCUCAGAAUGAACAUAUUGGAAUGAGACUGUAGUGUGCCCCUUUAUUCCCCUAGCCGUUAUCUGAGGAGCUAGGAUUCUGGCAUUGUCCCCCUUAGAUCUUUCCCACUGGAGGAGAGAGAUCUCAGGGCCAGUGAGCUAUAGAAGCAACCCAGCACCUGAAUGCUGGAGACAUUGGAAGUGAAAGGCUUAUGAACUUCUCUUAGGCUGACAGUUGGCCUUGGGUGGCGUAAAGUAGAAGGAUCAGGCUCCUAUCCCUGACACCCUGUCGGCUUCCGGUACGAGACCUUGAGCCUUUCAUCAGCCAGAAUGAUCCUACCUACUUGGAAAUCUGAAGUCGUCCUUCUCUGUGCAAGUCCAAGCAGUCCCCAGCCAGGGAGACCAGGUGUUCUCUGGCAUCCCACACACACAUCAGCACACUCGGAGAAUUGCAAAAGAGGAGUGGGAGCCAAAGGUCGUAGCUUUGGUGGCUCAGCAGGCGCUUCUGCCUCCCCUUCCAGAGAGUACCUACUCUGUGCUCUUGAUCUUGAGGAGAGCUUGAUUCUGCCCAAGAAAUCCUUCACUUUAAUUUCAUCUUUUUAGAAAUAAAUACUUUUAGUAUUUAAAGAUUUUGCUCAGCAUAUCCUGUUAAAUAAAGAAGGAGCUGUGACCACUGAAAGGAGGCACAGUCACAGUGUACCGACACAGGACAACUCCAAGUUUCCCAACCAACGGUGGAGAGGGACUUUGAAAGGGAGUAUGGAAAACUCCAACAGCUGGAAGACCAGACCAAGAGACUACAGAAGGACAUGAAGAAGAGCACGGAUGCUGAUGUGGCCAUGUCAAAAUCUGCCAUGAAGAUAUCCUUGGACUUACUCUCCAAUCCCCUCUGUGAGCAAGACCAGGAAUUCUUGAACAUGGUGACAGCCCUGGAUACAGCCAUGAAGCGGAUGGAUGCCUUCAACCAGGAGAAGGUAAACCAGAUCCAAAAGACCGUGAUUGAACCCUUAAAAAAGUUUGGAAGUGUCUUCCCGAGCCUCAACAUGGCGGUGAAACGGCGGGAACAGGCCUUGCAGGACUAUAGAAGAUUGCAGGCCAAGGUGGAGAAGUACGAGGAGAAGGAGAAGACAGGGCCAGUGUUGGCCAAACUCCACCAGGCCCGGGAAGAGCUUCGCCCUGUGCGGGACGACUUUGAAGCCAAAAACAAGCAGCUCCUGGAUGAGAUGCCACGGUUCUACAAUAGCCGACUCAACUACUUCCAGCCCAGUUUUGAGUCCUUGAUCCGAGCCGAAGUUGUGUACUACUCAGAAAUGCAUAAGAUCUUUGGAGACCUGACCCAACAGCUUGACCAGCCAGGCCACAGCGAUGAGCAGCGGGAGCGGGAGAAUGAAGCCAGACUGAGCGAGCUCAGAGCCCUCUCUAUAGUGGCUGAUGACUGAAUUCCUUUCACCCUCCAAAGACUGCUGGGACAUUAAGUCCCCCUUUUUAGCUUGGGCUGGUGUUCUUCCCACUUGUCAGCCUAGCAAAAGGCCCUCUUCCGGGCAACUAGCAGGUUGGGGACAGAGGUGGCUCCUGCACUACCUCACCAGCCCCUUGAAAUGGGUCUUCGUUCCCUUAAGCCCAUCACCAGCCCCAGGAGCCCCAAGCAGGCUUGUCUCGCCACUUAAUAGGAAGCAGCCGCGGACACAAGGUAAACAGUGUAGAAAAUCCAAGGGGCUUUUUUAUUUCCAAAAGAACCAUCCAAAGUACAGCACCCAGGCCUAGAGUCACAGCCAACUUCAGCCUUUUCGAAGGCAUGGGUUUCGUCAGCUCAGCUGAGGGUCUUAACCUUGUGUGUGUGGCUGAAAUCGUAUCUACCUCCAGAAGACCCAUCCUGGGGCGCCCACCAACCCCCUCUCUGCCUUUUCACUUCGAAGACUGUCUUUUACGGGAGAGGCCCAUGACAGUGUCCUGUGGAACAUGAGAACUAUGGUCCCCCAAGCCGUGGUGGAGGCCCCUCACUCAAGCUGCCAAGCAGGACAAAGGCUGAUUCCACCCAUUUCUAUCCCUUAGCUAAGUUGCAGGCAAGAGCCCCAAGUUGGUUAGGUUCCCUAGGUAACUGGGCCUCAACUUAUGUAACUGGUGUACCACACUAAAUGACACAGAUGAAAAUUCACAGGCCUCAAAGAAAGAACAGUGGGUUUGUGUCUCACCUGAAAUUUGGAGUUUUUAUUUUUUCAAGUAAAGUUUUCAAUAAAAUGUCCGUUUAUUAUUGUGUUAUAACUAAGGAGAGAAUGGGAAAGCCAUGGGAGAUUUUCCUCAGGACUUUGCUGCCCCCUGCUGAUCUGGCACAACAGCUGCAGCUCUCUCCUUGGCCCACAGCAGCUGAGAGCCCAGAACACAAAGGCUCUUACCUCUCUGUGCUCUGCCCCUCCUUCUGGAGAUACCUGCACCAUGGACUGGGAUAAGAGCUGAGAAUAAAGGGAGUGCAGGUGGAGUAGGGGAAGAGCUAUGGAGGACACCUGGUUUGUUUUUGACUUUGGUUUAUUUAAAAAACAAAAAGCCAAAAAAAAAAAAAAAAAACCCAA